AUGGUGACGUACGGAACAUCCAGUGCGCCGUAUUUAGCAACACGAUGCCUACAGCAAAUCCCCUACGAACACUCGAAGGAUGAUGGGGAUAUCCCAUCGAAGAUCGGCAAGAAUUUUUAUGUGGACGACUUCCUUAGCGGAUCCGACACAGUAGAGGGUGCAAUACAGUUAUGCUCCGGGGUGCAGAAUAUUCUUGGAUCCGCAGGAUUUGAGCUCAGGAAAUGGUCCUCCAACUCUAGUGAAGUGCUGUCCCACAUUCCGGAUGAAUUGCAGGACAAACGGUCGAUUGUGGAAGUGGACGACAUCCAGGGCUCUGUCAGAACACUCUUACUUCUGUGGCAUCCUGAGUCAGACACGUUCAAGCAGAUCGUUGUCUCUGAGAUGUCCAAGCUAUUCGAUCCAUUGGGCAUUCUUGGUUCAGUGCUAAUCCGGGCAAAAGUUUUCAUUCAACAACUGUGGAAAACGAGCUUAGACUGGGACGAACCGCUUCCCAUCUCACUCAACGCUCCUAUUCAAACCCUGUCGAUUCCCCGCUCGGAGCUCAGUUCUGCUGUACUCCUGUCCCAGUUGUACCAAAACGCAGUGUGCAGUCUCAACAUGACUCCUGAGGCCUACUUUUGGUCUGACUCCUCCAUCACUCUACACUGGUUCCACAAUCCACCGACAGACUACAACAUGUUCGUGGCUAAUCGAGUCGCGGAAGUUCAACGAAUGACUGUAGGAGGCACCUGGAAUCACGUAGCUGGUUUGGAAAAUCCGACAGAUCUCAUCUCGCGAGGCAUUGAUCCUUGCGAGCUCACCAACGUCGCCCUCUGGUUGAAGGAUCCACCUUGGCUAUCGUCCGACGCUUCGGAAUGGCCAAGUAAGUUUCCAAUUCCGGAAUCUCAAGAAUUCCUUCCAGAAAUCCUCGAAAUAAAGCCAACCAUGCCUGCCGCAGUCGCACGUUCAGUCAAGGUACCCGAUCGCAUUCUGUUCACUCGCUACUCGUCGCUGACGAGACUUAUGUGCAUCGCCGCUUAUUGUUGCCGUUUUGUAUGGCAUUGUCGUUCCAAGAUCGCUGGACCAGAUCUACAAGAUACACCGUUUAUCACAGCAGAUGAAUUGCAACAGGCGCUGAUCGGCCUCGCUAAGGUCGUACAAGAAGAUUGCUUCAGCCAUGAAAUCGCUAUAGUCCAGGCUGGAGCUGAAGCAGAUCUAAGCAAAUCACCCCUUAAAACUCUGUAUCCGUUCAUGCACGAUGGACUACCCCGUGUCGGUGGCCGGCUGAACCACUCCUCGUACUCGUUCACCCGCAUGCAUCCGAACAUCUACCUGAAUACACUGACGUCACUACUCAUCGACUCGGUGCACAAACAACUCCUCCAAGCUGGUACUCGUGCGAUGAUAGCACACAUUCGUGAGCAAUUCUGGCCUUUACAUCUCCGUAACCUGGCACGGAGGCAUGUUCGAGUUACUCUAGCUAGGGCCUUCCUCAACACCGGAGUCGAUUUCUGCGGCCCUGUUUGGCUAAAGCCCCCAGUACGAAGAGCUGCACCGAUUCUAGCAUAUGUCUCUGUGUUCGUCUGCAUGGUCACCAAGGCCGUGCAUCUUGAGCUUGUCAGCGACCUCAGCACCGAUGCCUUCAUAGCUGCAUUGAAACGGUUCGUUGCGCGCCGUGGCAAACCAGUCACCUUGUUCUAUGACAACGCCACCAACUUCAAAGGUGCGGACAGGCAGCUACGAGAACUCUGCUCACAGCCCAACCAUUAA